GGUGGCGGGAGGCGGCCCAGCAGCCGGCCGGCAUGGGGGCCGGGGCGCUGGCCAUACGCCAGAGCAAAUCAGCUGUGAGGUUGAAGGAGGACAUGAAAAAGAUAGCCACCCUUCCACUGAACAAGCAGAGGGACACAACCUGUCCAAAGGUGUUUGGUGUGAGUCUUCUGGAACUCCAGCAGCAGGGACUGAGCAAGAAUGGCAUCCCAAUAAUCGUGUGGAAUAUAGUCGAGUACCUCACCCAGCAUGGUAUGACACAAGAAGGCCUCUUCAGAGUAAACGGCAGCAUGAAAAUGGUAGAACAGUUGCGUCUGCAAUAUGAGCGUGGAGAAGAGGUGGAACUUGUUAAAGAUGGUGAUGUGUACUCAGCAGCCAGUCUCUUGAAAUUAUUUUUGAGAGAGUUACCAGAUGGGAUUAUCACCUCUGCCUUACAUCCCAGGUUCAUUCAACUUUACCAGGACACUAGAAAUGACAUGCAGAAAGAAAGUAACUUGAAAGAACUCCUUAAAGAACUGCCUGAUGCUCAUUACUGCCUGCUGAAGUAUCUGUGCCAGUUCCUGAUAAAGGUUGCUGAACAUCAUGUAGAGAACAGGAUGAACCUUUGCAAUCUUGCCACUGUAUUUGGACCAAACUGCUUUCAUGUGCCCUCUGGAUUUGAAGGUAUAAAAGAACAGGAGAUCUGCAACAAGAUAAUGACAAAAAUGCUGGAAAACUACAAUACCUUGUUUGAAUUAGAAAGUUCAAAGAAGGAUGAAGAAAAGUCUGUACAUGAAGAGGUAGCAAGAAUUAUUUUGGUAAAAAUGACAAAGUCCACAAUGGAAGGAUCCAGCCAAACGUGCCUAGUGCCACAACCAGGCCUGUCGGAUGGAAUACCUCAGGUCAGCCUCCGAUUAACAGACAGUCAUUCAUGUUGGAAGGAGAUGGAUUUCAAAGAUGAAAUCUCUUUCAUUAACAGUGACUUAUUUUUCUCCAGCUCCCAAGAAGAUGAGCGACCCAUGUCACCCUUCUAUGUGAGUGCCCAUGUAUCACAAGUCAGUAGUAACAUUCCUGCUACAGGAGAGUAUUUAGAGAAGACAAUCCGCUCAGCCGUGGAGCAGCAUCUCUUUGAUGUUCAUAGCUCAGGCGGCCAGAGUUCAGAGGACUCUGAAUCGGGAACAUCUUCAGCCUCUUCUAAUGUGUCUGCCAGGCAGAGGAGGCGACAGCACAAAGAGCAGGAGGAAGCCCGGAGAAACAGAGACAUGGAAGUCAUCAACAAAGAAAACAUUCCCUCUGGAUUCGGCAAUCUUGAAGACUGUAUUCUAGCUGCUCAAGAAGUAGAAAAAUUACAGGACAACAGCUCCGGAUAUCUUAGUGAAAGGAAUAAACCAAAACGACAGAAAUCCAGCUCCAAACUUUCAGAGCUUAAUGACAACCAGGACAGUCCUGUGAGUAUGGAAAGCUUUAGCUCAUCCAGGCUUAUAGACAGAACAGGACCUGAUGACAUGGAAUUUUUAUCUGAAGAAAGCAAAGAAAGUGAAAACGAUGAGGUUUUUUUCAGGCACUCUCAGCUGACUUCAAGUAUGAAGAUUCAAGAGCAUCCAAGCAUUCCUGAAAACAAGUUGCAAAGAAAUCAAGAUGCUGAUGAUCAGGAAAACAGCUUUGUGUCAGAAGUGCCUCGUCUGGAUUUGACAUCGCUGUGUGAUGACAAUAACUGGGAAGAGCCCAUCCCUGCUCUUUCCUCAUGGCAGCGAGACGGCUUAGACUCAGAUGAGGCUCGCCUUUCCCCGCAGGCUGGUCGCUUAAUUCGCCAGCUUCUGGAUGAGGACAGUGAUCCUAUGCUGUCCCCUCGCUUCUAUGCCUAUGGACAGAGCCAACAGUACCUGGAUGAUACAGAAGUGCCUCCUUCCCCUCCCAAUUCUCACUCCUUCAUGAGGAGGCGGAGUUCAUCUUUGGGAUCUUACGAAGAUGACAGAGAGGACCUAACCCCUGCACAACUCACCCGGAGGAUUCAGGGGCUGAAGAAGAAGAUCAGGAGAUUUGAGGAAAAAUUCGAAGAGGAGAGGAAAUACAGACCUUCCCACAGUGACAAAGCAGCCAACCCUGAAGUGCUCAAAUGGACAAAUGACUUGGCCAAAUUCCGAAAGCAACUUAAAGAGUCAAAACUGAAGAUACCAGAGGAAGACCUUGGCCCUGUUGUGCGUCAGCGGAGCAACACGCUCCCCAAGAGCUUUGGCUCUCAGCUCGAGAAGGAUGACGAUAAGAAGCAAGAGCUGUCAGAUAAAUGUACCAGGCCUGCUGUGGAGGCCACCCUCGAUUCUAUCCAGAAGAAGCUUCAAGAAAAACGAGAAGAGACAAACCGACCUGAAGAUAUUAAGGACAUGACAAGAGAUCAGAUAGCAGCUGAAAAAGUGGCUCUUCAAAAAGCUUUGCUGUAUUAUGAAGGCAUUCACGGCAGACCGGUUACCAAAAAUGAACGGCAGGUGAUGAAACCAUUGUAUGACAGGUAUCGCUUGGUCAAGCAGAUCCUCUCCAGAGCUAACACCAUCCCUAUCAUUGGUUCCCCUUCCAGCAAGCGGAGAAGCCCUUUGCUGCAGCCAAUUAUCGAGGGCGAAACAGCUUCCUUCUUCAAGGAGAUAAAGGAGGAAGAGGAAGGGUCUGAGGAGGACAGCAACGUGAAGCCAGAUUUCACGAUUACCGUGAGAACGGAUUUCAACGUGCGCAGCUUCUUGGAUCAGCUGGAAGACGAUGCCGAUGGCUUUGUUUCCCCGGUGGAUGAUAAGGUGCCAUCGAGGAGCAAUCAGGAUAUGGGGCUUUCGAAUCUCCACGAGGCAUCCAUCCCUGAACUCCUAGAGCAGCUCCAAGAAGUCAGGGAAGAGAAAAAGCGAAUCAGAAAAAAGUUGAGAGAUUUUGAAGAUAAUUUUUUCCGACAAAAUGGAAGGAAUGUGCAGAAAGAAGACCGCACUCCGAUGGCUGAAGAAUACAAUGAAUACAAGCAGAUUAAGGCCAAGCUGAGGUUGCUGGAGGUCCUGAUCAGUAAAAGAGAUAUUAGCUCCAAGAUCAUGUAAAGGAAAAGAUCAUUUUUGCCAGUAAACAAAGAGGAGAGAGCACCAAAUGGACAAAUGCAUGAAGUGGAUGCAGCAGGAGCCUGGCUGUGGAGAGCUGAGGAGCUCCCUGGGAACAGAAGGGUCAUUCCCAGAGGCAGAAGGGGGAGGAGAACUGGCUUUCCAUCGCACUCUGCACUUGCUGUUGGCCACUCUAUCCCCAGGCCUGACACCUAAAAUGGAGUUUGCCGGGGUAGGAGACGUGAUGCUGUGCUCAGUGACUUCACUGAAGGAAUCCUUCUGUUUUGAUUUGCAUACAGAUUCUGUCAUGUGUAAGAAUAUCAAAGCCAGGCAUGCUAUUCUUUUCUCUUUUUUUUUCCCAGGAUAUCAUAGCAAGAGGCAAAGUAGGACAAAUAGUGAUUCAAUCAUCAAAGAGCUUCUACUUUAGUUAAGCAGAUAAGUGCCCUGACUGAUCUCACAUGAAGCACAGGUCAGAUAGCACUGAGACUGUUCUCUUGUAGCUACAGUAAAGAUUUGCUUAGACUUUUGACCUGACUGUUUGGAGUUCAGUGUCUUCUGUUGCUCUAGAUAAAUGCUAGAAGAAUCUCCCGGUCGUCACCUGGAGCCAGUGCAAGUUGCAGUUUUGCUGAGGCUGGAGUUGAGUUUUCUUCCCACUUUUUUAAUGGCCAAUUCAACUGAAGCAGAAGAAAAUUACUUGCAUCUGUUUGGGAUGGGGAAGAAAACGAGCUAUGGAGCAAGGCUCUUGCCAGCUUAUUCUGCUCAGAAAGUGAUCCUGUGACAUUAUGACUGUGGUUGGACAACUGGGAGGAAAAGAAGUUUUAAAAGCUUUAAGUUGUAAUCCCUUGGUAUUUUCGUAGCUGACUGGCUAAACGUCUGGUGUGAAGUACCCGGAAGAAAACCCACCUCCUUAGUACAUGUGCCCUGGGAUCUGACACAGGCCCGAGAGCCCCACAGUGUGCCUCGAUGUACAAGGGUCAGGCAGACCACAUGGGCCACAGCAAUGGCGCCGUGAUGGCAGCAGCAGGGGACCAUCUUUCCUUCCUGCCCUUCUCCCUCCCUCUCUCCCUGCCCGUGUGCAUGGGUGGUACAGCAACGCAGAGGACGCUGCAGGAGCUGAGGGCCCAGAGCAAUGCUCCGCCUAUGGGAAGGACCUGUGGCCCAGCAGCAGCUUAUCACAAUUCAGCCCUUAUCCAGAAUUCCUUUGUGAAUCUCAGAAAAGAAGGUCCUUGGGCAGCUGCUGCAGGUGCUCCUGUCAGAUAGGUGCUGCCAUGAGGAGUGAAAGACAGCAAGUUAAGGAACACAAGUUGCGGAGAGCUCACACACCUGCAGCCCCAGGCAGCCUGGGCUGGCUCUCCCACUGCAGAGGCUUCUGCCCCGAGGCAGGGCUCAGCCCUGAUGUCCCAGGGAGAGUGUUUGUGUAAUGCUUUCUUUUGCACUAAUGCCCCAGGGAGCCAGCGUGCAGAAGCCAAAGGGCUGAGAUCAGAUGCAGUGUCAGUCGUAGCCAGGCCUCACACACGGAGGCGAGAAGAGGAACCCAGAACAUCUGCCCCUUCCUUCUCUCAGUGGGUUCACAAAUAGAUAUAUUUGAGUUGUGGUACUCAGACUUACCUCUUUCCACUUGGUGUAUGUGCUAUGUUAAUUCUUGCCAAAACUGAUGCUGAGGGUGUUUUGGUCUCUUGAGGAUCCCAUAAACACUUCCAAAGGCAAUCUUCUCCCAGUGGGUUUACACGUGCCCCUUACUAGUCUGGAUGGAUGAGGGAGUGACGUGUGUGUGUUAGUGAAACCACUUAGGAGGUGGACUCUAAGGUUGUUGGCUUUUUUUACUGAUUGCAGAAUUGCUCUUUCUAUAUAGAAUCAGUGAAGACUGAAUUUCAUAUUUCCAAAGAGUAUGGAGGACUUGUGUGCUGGCCCAGGCCUUGGCUUUCCAGAGGUGCUGAGCUCCCAUCGCUGGAGAGAUGUGGGGCUCUGCCUCUGCAAAACCUGCCCUUCGGGUGCGUUAACCGGGCUGACAAAGGGGCUCGAAAACUGCUUUUGAAGAUGUUUGAUUGGAAGGAAAGCCUGACCAGGGUAAAACCCCAUCUGAACAUGGGGCAGCCCUGGAAAACAGCUGUGCCUUGGUCCUCCAUAGAUGGCCCUCCCUAGCUAUUUUAGGUGUAGCAGCUGAGCCAGACCGGCUGCAGUGUCUACUAGAGGGAGUGUGGGAUGAGAAAGGAUGCUGGGUUACCCAAAGGUCCUCAGCACUGCCUCGGUUUGGUAUUGUUCAGGCCCAGUAAAGUUCAGCAAAGCAAAAAGACGCGUGGUGAAUGCAUACUUCAGGCCGGGCUGCCCUUGGGGCUUUGCUGACUGAAGUAUGAUGGGCUAAAGGUCAGGCCUUCUGCUGAGUCUGGGCCUGGGCAUCUUUGUACGGGCAGGAGAAGCAGUUUCUGCGCUUUCUACCUAGUCAGACAUUUUUCCAGUGAGCCAAGGCUUCCCAGGAAUGUGUUUUCUCUGCUUAUUUUUAAAAAGCCUGUUUGCACUGUGUACUGAUAAAUUAUCUGUUUUGCUGGGUUUUGCCCCUGACAAAUCUUGAUAAAUGACACGUAGGGAACAGUCCAUUGUAUUUUUAAACCGAUGAGAUUGUAGCAUUUUCUGAUGCUUAGUUACCGCUGUUUACAUGGUAUAUUGCUAGAAUUUCAGAUAGUUUAUAUGAAAUGUAAGUACAAUUAUGCACUUUAGAGAGUUUAUAUUUUUGAACUUUGAAAGCUAAAAGUAACAAAACCUGUUAACUGAGAUUGUACAUUAAAAGAGAAAAAAAACCCCAAACACAUGCCUAGCCAUCUCUCUUUUUUAAACUGUCCUUUUCAAGCCUUUCCCCACGGCAAAAAAAGAAGGCGGCCAAAGCAACCAUCAUCUGCUUAGUUGCAAAGGGAACUGGUGGGAAAAGCCAUUGAGGAGAGAAAGUGAAAUAUAAAGUUCCAGUCCUGGAAAGACAUGUACAGAUGCUCAGCUUUCUGCCCUGGGUUUGCAGAUGCUGUGACUCCCCUCUCCCAAGCCUGCGCAGGAGGAGGGCUCCAAUGUUGUUCUGGUAUCUCCUGCAGAAGAUUUGAUGCCUCACUAACCACAAAUAGCCACAAAUGGUGUUUGCCCCACCACACUCCUCUCAGUCGGUCCAAGCAAUGUCUGUGCAUUCGAUUUGGUGGUUUGUCUGUGCCAACAUCAAUGACCGUCAUCUGGAGAACGUUUCAUAUGAGACUGUGUUCUUGAAAGGUGUGAAGUACUGUACAGAAAUGUCCUUUAUGUGGUCUAAAUCAGCUGUUAGUAGAAGACGACCUGUUUCCAUGUUACUAGACCAAGCUGUGUGCUGCAGGGUGGCAGCAUGGCCUGCUGGGCUUCCCAUCUGUGGGCAUCAUACCAGACACGCGUGCCUGUGUGUUCUCACGUUGAGGUGUAAUGGAUCAUUGUGGCUCAUUUAAAUGAAAAGCAGGUUGUGUGGACAAAAUGAGAUUGUAAGAGUUAAAGACGGAGGAAAAACCUGUCAUUCUUACAAGUUGCAUUUGGUUUUAUUCUGUUUACAACAGAGUAAAUGGUCCAAUAAUGGAUGUUUAUGUUAAAGGCAGUGAAUUAAAGUAUCUUAUCUUUUAAUCAUUCUGCUAAGACAUCAAUUAUUCCAGGUAUGUGCAAGAGGGGUAACUGCUGCCAGAUGUCCUACAGCCUGAGGUGCUUCCUGAGUCCUCUUUGGAGAUAACUUGCAGAUCAGUGACUCAGUGGUGCUUGAAACAAGCUGUGGAGGUGAGAGCCACGCUGUUGCCUGCGACCCUCCCCACAGUGCCCUGUUCUUGGGGCUGCGCUGGCCACUGGCCCAGGGCUGGAACUGCCAGUGCUGGCUGAUGGCAACCAUGCAGAAGUACAGGUUUCUGGGCACCUGGCAUGGGUUUUGUCAGGCAUGACACUAGCUGGUGCUUGGUGUACAC